UUUGAGCGAUGCGCAUUUCAUUCGGUCGCGGCCAGAUACUGUACAGCUUCUUCCUCACCGCGCGUUGAGACAUCCAUACAUACAUACUGUACAUCCUUUUCGCGCGCGAGAGACUGCGAGAGCCUUGCCGACAUAGCGCCAACGGCCUCCGCCUGUUUGGUCUUCCGGUCACCACCGACAACAUUCCAGCGUGCGAGCCGCUGCAUUGUUCACUUGCGCAGCACGCACGCACGCACACGCGCGACUCUUGUACCAGCGCAAUGGAUUCAGUUCAGCCAUUGCGCAUCUCCAAGUCGGGCUCCUUGUCUUCGACAUCAUCAUCCACCACCCCCAGCAAGAUGGCGUCUCGGUCUGCCCUGGCCGAGAUUGCCACCGCGUCUCCCCGUCGCAACUCGCCCAGCUACAACCAGGCUACGAGAAAGAUGAUUGUGUCGCGAGAAGCCUCGCCCUACACCGAAAACUCCUUCGCCAGUUCCGUGACCAGCUCUUUUGUUAACGAAAACACGUCGCCUCGCGAUUUCUGGAAAACUCGAGACCCGAUGUCGCCCGCUCGUUUGAGCACUGAGAACACAUCCGAUCGCGAACAGUCACCGGGGCUCCUGUCGCCUAAGCGCCGGGCCAGUAUCGAGAAGCUCAAGCAGGCUGGACGUGUCAAGCAGAGCAAUAUCUUCGCGCUGGAGACGAAAGACGCGUAUGACCCAUUGAGCCUGCCCAUUGUGGAGCGACCGAGCGCCAACCGUCCGCUGAGCGGAACCUUGGUCAACAACAGCUUCACCAGAUUUGACAGUCUGAGAAAAGAGAACAACCCACUACAAAGCCCACAGAGGCCAUCUGGACACAAACGCACAAACAGCGAAAUCGCAGUGCCCAUAAUCAGCAGUCCAUACGCAAAGUUCACAUCUUCACCACAGAAGGAGCCGGCAUCCUCACCUACCAAGUCUUCUCUUUCGCGAACCAGCCAAUUUGGCAGUUCUUUCGAACUCGACGCGGGACCAUGGUCUGAUGGUGACGAUCGUGCGCCCACGCCGCGCGCGCGCGCGAUACAUCGGCAGAACAAAAGUGUCACCUUCCACGAGGCGGACCCCGAGAUCAACGUGUACGAGAAUCCCACACCCGAGCCUUCGGUGUCAGCGGCCUCGGGUUCACGCGAAGGCUCUUUCGACUCGGAAGAGUACUAUGACGACUACAGUUUCGAUCGCGGUAGCUCGCUUUCGCCUUACCACAACGAUGACAGCUUCGAUGCAGACCUGGAGAAUGCAGACAAGACUCCUGUCGUGCUGCCUGACGACUGGUCGCGGAUGUCACCCGAGGCCGCUCGCCGAGACCUCGUUGAUGAGAGCGAUGAUGUUUUUGAAGGCUCUUCUUCGUUGGAUCUGCAACGUCAGCAUCUUUCACGCUCCGAGAGCGUCAAUUCUGAUGGAGAGUCGCGCCCGCUGCCACCUCUGCCUGGGCUCAUGACUGGCCGUCGCCAUUCUGCGGCGGCCGCUGCAGAACGUGCCGCGAACCUUGCGCGCAAUCUUCCAUCCCCACCCCAGCGGCCGUCUUCGCAGACAAUGGCACAGCGCUUGAAUCUCGAAGAACACGGAGAAGCAGUGGAGCGGCCAAGCUCGAAGCACUCCGACGGCCAUGCAGAGCUGACAAUCACUAAUCUGGACACUGGUGAGAGGCGGGACGUGCAAGUCAAGGCUGAAGAGGUUGACGAAGAGUCUCAACUUGCCGACCUUGAGGAUUUCGAUGCGGCCCCGAUGAUAUCAAGAGAGAGCAUAUUGCGCAAGGUUCGCAAUUCCAAGUACGAAUUCAACGACGAGGAUGAAACCCCCAUUGAGGGAGGUGACAGCCCAGCGCGUCCCUCAUACCAAGAACUUGCGAUGAUGGAUCCAGACGAGCCAAUCCCAUCGCGGGAGAAUAGUCAUGAUGCCAGUGAACAUCAUCUUGGCACUGAAGACGACGACCGAGAGGAGUCCCUGGAUGUGGAGGUCAAGGACGAACCGGUGGACGACGACGCUAUCGACCUGAGUUCGAUCCCUGUAAUGGACGAAUGUUUGCUCGAGCCUUCGAGAUCUCCCUCUCGUAUGGAAGACUACGAGCGUCAGUCUUCUGUGUUGCGCCAUGAUGUCAGUGAUCAAGACGAUUCUGAGAGCCAGUAUUCAUCUCUCGAGCCAGAUGCCGAAAGCACUGUUCUACAAGAAGCACAAGAUCACGAGCAAGAGCAAGAAGUCGACGAGAACAAGGAGAAGCUCGAGGAUGCAAUGCAAAUGCUCACAGUCAAGGAUUUCUCCCAGCCAGAGCCGUCGAUCAAGAAGUCCGUCAGUGGAGACUUCAUGGGCUUGCCCUCAUACCUCGCGUCCGAUGACUUCGACUUUGGCAUGAAGGACUACAUCGGCACGGCCCCAGCACCAGAAGCCCCUGUCAGGAAGACCGACAUUCUUGCUGAAGCACCAGUACUCCAACCUGCAUUUGCGCCAGACUCGCCUGCGGACGCCAAGCCAGCCAUGAAGGAUUUGCCACGUCCCGCCUACGAUGGCGCUGACUACGAUGAUCCGGAUGGUUCGCCGCCAGGAACUCCAGACUCUGUUAUACACCACUCGAGCAGCGAAGUCCACGCUCCCGAAGAGCAGGAAGCCUCAGCUGAGCCUGUACAGGAGGCACCGAUCAUUCCAGAGCGCCGAGCCACGAUCAAGACCAAUGGCCAGCUCAAGACCCGCGCUUCUGCAACCCCAGCAGAUAUGCGUUCGAUGGCAGAACAGCGGAGGAUCGUUAGUACCGGCCAUCCUGUCCCUCCCAUUCCGCAGUCUUAUCAGACUGAGGCUAGUCAGACUAGUGAAGUCGAUGAAGAACCGUCGCAAUACUCCUCAGACGGUAACGAGUCGAAGGCCGACUCCGCUGUCGAGCCCAGCGAAGAGAGUAUAAGCCGUCGAGAGAGCCGAAAGCAACUGAAGCUUGAUCUCGAAAUCCCUGGCAUCUCAGUGGAUGAUGAAGACGAUGGGCUGGGACUCGAACAUGAGUUCGAGCGUGUCAUCGAAAGCCAGAAGAAGGGCUACCUUAUGCGCCAGAACACCAAGCUCGUGGUGGCUACCAAUCGCAAUUUCUCUGGCGAGAGCAACGGCACAGCAAGAUCAAACGAUGGACUGAUGUCCCCAACGACAGAAGGGCGUCCGAGCUCUCGUGGCACGCGAAGCGCAAACUCCAGUCCUCGAAAGGGCAGUGGCAUUCUCGAGACCGAAGCUUGGAAUGGUAAGAGCCGCAGAAAGAGUCAGCGGCAAGCCUCCGCCGCGCAAUACAGCAGCGGGCCAGCUCCGCCUCUGCCUGGCCAAGCCAGUGCUCUCGGUGUCGUGAAUGAAAACUUUGCCGCAGGAACGAGUAGUUUGGAAGACGAUGUUGGCGAGGGCGUCGAGCGAGGUCGUCUUUUCGUCAAAGUAGCCGGUGUGAAGGACCUGGAUCUGCCGAUGCCUAUGAAUGACCGACUUUACUUCCAGCUCACUCUGGAUAACGGUUUGCACUGCGUGACGACCACUAGUCUGGAGUUGGGCAAGAAUGCGCCGAUCGGGCAGGAGUUUGAGCUUGUCGUUCUGAACGAUCUGGAGUUUCAGCUCACACUCAACACCAAUCUUCCCGCACCUCCGAAGCAACACAUUCCACUCAAUGCUCCAGCAUCGCCAACAAAAGGCGCAAAGCACCAAAAGACUAGCAGCUUGUCUCGAUUCUUGACCAGUCCAAAGAAGCGUGCAGAGAAGGAGCGCCAGGAGCGCGAAGCUGCUGAGGCGGAGGAACGCCGACAGAUCGCCGAAGAGCGUCGGAAACGAGCCUCAGUGGUGCCAACAGCCUGGGACCUUUUGCACGACCUUGUGAACGCGCAAGAUGGGUCCUUCGCCCGCGCCUACGUCAAUCUGAAGGCGCAUGAAAAGCAAUGCUUCGGCCGAAAACUGAUCGUCGACGUCCCUUGCUACAACGAGUGGGCGCUUGAGCGUGACUCGCACGUGGUCAACAGUGUGCGAAGCAAGCGUGGGAAUGCUGGACCAGUGCGGCGACCGCCAUAUGUUGUUGGCUAUUUGCAGCUCGAGCUGCUUUAUGUUCCCAAGCCUGCGGGAGCAACCGAUGAGGACAUGCCGAAGAGCAUGAGCAGUGCCGUACGCGAGAUGAAUAAGGCGAGUGAUCGUGUCGAGGUGGUACACGAGGGCUAUCUCAGCCAGCAAGGUGGCGAUUGUGUACACUGGAGGAGACGUUUCUUUCGUCUGCAGGGUCCACGCUUGACAGCAUACCAUGAGCAUACCCAGCAGAAACGGGCUGUAAUCAAUCUCAGCAAGGCUACGCGCCUGGUGGAUGAUAAGAGCACUCUUGUGUCGGACCCCAAGUCGAGCAACUCUGCCGGCAAAGGUGGGAGACGCAAGUCUGCUUUCGCGGAGGAAGAUGAAGGCUAUGCGUAUGUCGAAGAAGGGUUCCGGAUCCGAUUUGCGAAUGGUGAGACGAUCGACUUCUAUGCCGAUAAAGCUGUAGACAAGGAAGAGUGGAUGGCAGUACUCAGCCAGGUCAUCGGCAAAGCUGAUCCUGGCAAGAAGGCUGCUUCGUGGACAGACCUGGUCCUGGCACGAGAAAAGGUUGCCAAGACAACCUCCGUUCCUCCUACCACGGAUGUUCGAGACUUCACCAAACCUCCGGCCCCAGGACGGAAGUUGAGCGAUCGUAAACCAGUGUCAAGGAGUGUGCCGACUAGCCCGGUGAAAGGAACAGUCCCUGGUCGACAAGCUCCCAUGCCGCCCGUUGCAGAUGUUUCGAGGCCUAAGACGCCUCCAAUGAGUCCACGACGAGGGCAUCGAUCAAGAGAUGCCGUAAAAAGCAUGAUCUUCUAGGAGGAGAGCUCCGAGCGGCGUUACGCUUUUGAGGCAUCGAGAGACCAGAAUCCAGAAUCGAACGAUCGUUGAGAAGUGUGCAAGCGAAUUUCCCAUGUUAUCGAGGUGUUGUUGUUUGUGGAUGCAAGAGUUUUUCCUGUGCUCAAUCGUUGAGCAUUUCUCGUCUCUCUUACACAGUCUGGGUAGUGUACAAGUCAUUGUAACAUGAAGCAGUUCUUCCUUGCGUGUAUCGGUACAAUAGUGGAGCGGCGGCUUUGAUGGGCGGCACGAUGGAAUGGAAUCGGCGGGUUGUGUGGUAUCGAGGAGGAGCUCCCGGUUCAUUUGUUCGUUGCAGCCACGCAGCAAAUGGGUAGUAAGAUUGAAAUGUGUAAUGAGGAGGAAGAAAGCACUAGAGAAACUACUGGAAUAUGAGCAGCAGCAGCAAGAAAAUUGAAAACG